UAGAAAAUGAUUUAACAAUACCAGGAUUUGUGAUCUGAUAUCAUAGACCAUGAUCUCUAGUUAGAAACUUCAAUUGAAUAACUGGUUGGAGAUAGUAAGGAUUGUAAUCUAGCACAUAUAGAGAAAACAAAUUGGAGGAAGUUGUACAGAAAAAAUGAAGUGCCAUCCUGUAAGCAAGCCAAUACAUAUCAUAAAGGUAAUGAGUUAGAUCUUUGAUUUGUCGUCCAGUAUGAUUUUCCAUCUGAUUUUCAGGAAAUUUCUCAAGGGCAUAUCCUUUCUGUCACCCAAUUGCAUGUGAAUUUAACUUUAUUAUUAUGUACCCUCAGAUAUUUCUGACUUAGUGAGACUGUAAUAUAACUCUAUUUUGUAGGUUUUCUUGGCAUAAUUUGUCAAGAGAUGAGCGCCUUUUCCUUUCUCUGAGGCUGAAAGAGUGUGAAUUGCCCAAGCACUGAUACUAAAUUCCAUGACAGCAUCCACUUUGGAGACCCAAAUCACCAAGUGUCAACAUGUGAGAGAGCAAUGUAUGACAGCAGAGAAUGGAUGUGGAAGUGCCUGGAAUUUAGUUGAAAAAGUUUGUUUCAUUUCAGGCAAUAAGUGCACAGUGAAAGAUUCAACUCACUGUAAUAUAGUCAUCCAAUUUUUGGUUGACCAGUUCCCAGAAUUUAAUGAGUGCAUGUGCACAGAGGAUACGUGCAGCAGCAAAACAUUCCAGGCCAAGCAAUGCUCCAGUCAUGAAGGUGGACAAUUACUUCCUGCAACUGGAGAACAGUUUUCAUCUUAUGAUCGAAUGAAAAUAAAAUCACAGUGGAAAACAUCAGCCCUUUCAAACUAUGAAUACAAACAUGGACAGUCCUGUUUUGAGCUAAAUGUUGAAUGUGUUAGUGAUGAAGUCUGUAACAAACAAUUAGCUAAGUAUCUUCAAGUUUGCCAAGCAACUGGAACACAGUGCAAUGUGAAACAAUGCCAAGCAGCACUGCAGUUUUUCUAUGAAAAUAUGCCUUUCAAUGUUGCCCAGAUGUUGACAUUUUGUGAUUGCAUGCCGUCGGAUGAAAAUUGCCACCAAGCCAAAAAAGUGCUUCAUGGCAAACCAUGUGCAGACCAUGUGGUUCCAGUACCUUCAUGUCUUCAUAUAAUUCAGACAUGCCAAGCAGACAGUUUCUGUUGGGCCAAAUAUGAGAACUUUACAUCAAAUUGUUUAGAAAACAUCACCCAAACAUGCCUUGAAGAUAAAGCCUGUCCACCAUUUGUGGAUGGAAAUGAUCUGAUUUGUUCUGACAGCAAUGAGUGCAGAGCAGCUUACAUUAACCUGUUGGGAUCUGUCCUUCGAGUUGAGUGUACUUGUGAUUUCACUUUGGUGGAAGAUCAAUCUGCCUGCAAAUGGAUCUAUCAUAUAUUCCACAGCAAAUGCACUUUCGAUCAAAUAUCAGGUGGAAAGGUGGACCUUCCUUCAUCAGAAGAAAAAAGCACUUCCUUCGACCAGUGAAUAGUUUUUGAUUUAUGUGUCUUCCUGUGAAAAGGUCCAGCGUUACCCAUUCUGGCAGUUGUUUGCAACAAACAAGUCUCCAAUAGCUGUUUGUAAUUCUCCCAGUGACUUCUUUUUUUCAGUCACACUGACAACUCAAAUCUAACAGAGCUCUCUCUUCUUCUCCCACUCUCCCUCUUAUCUCCCUUCAUUCCCUCUCCCCUCCCUCCUUCCAAUUACCCCACAUCUGUUUCUGUGUUUGCAUUGAUUCAGCAUCCUUGGAUCAUACUGGUGUUUUAAAGGAACAUCUUCUUUCUAACUCCAGAGCUGGACCCUCCACUGUCGCCCCAUUACACUUCCAUAAUAUUAUGUUAAUACAAUAGUCUUUCAAA